UCAACAUUAUAUUUCUUAAGCACUUUAUUUAACAGUUAUCCACCUCUAAGUCAAAGCCAAUAUGUCUGGUACAUCAAGCCUUCUUGUUAGGAUACUUGACACUGGCCGCUACUCUGAUUUUACCAUCAAAUGUAGCAAUAAAGUGUUUAGAGUUCAUCGAAAUGUAGUGCCUCUCGCCGUUCAUGUGGAUAGUGCAUUUUUGAAGGCUUUGAUCGACGAAAUAAAUCUGCCAGAUGAUUAUCUGGCAAUUGUUGAAAGAAUUAUCAAAUUCCUUUAUAUCGGAGACUUCGAUGCUAUACCUUCUAUUAAUGAAAUCGUUGAAGAGGCGUCAAAUAUAUAUUUCCAAGAGUUUCCAAUUGAGGCAUCCGAUGAAAAAUCAAUUGCGCUUAUCAAGGAAACUGUUUUUCAAGUAGUUGACGAAUUUUUGGAAAUAUUGACAAUUUGUAUACGCGUUUUUAUCAUAGCAGAAAAAUAUGAUAUUCAAGUAUUGAAGGUACUCGUCAAAACCAAAUUCGAAAAGGCUGUAUUCACUGAAUGGAAUACUAUUUCACUAUCAGCUAGCCUAAGGCUUAUGUACGAUGAACUUCCAGAGUCCGAUCGCCUACUCAAAGACAUUGCGAUUCAAGCUGCUGCUGAUCAUAUGGAGGAACUGGCUGAUAAAGGGGAAUUUGCAAAAUUGUGUAAGGAGGAUGGGGAGAUCGCAUACGAUGUUCUCAAGGCUUUUUUACAUGUGGCGAACCAUUCUGCGAUAGUAUGUCCAAAUUGUAACACGAAGCAUAGGGGGAAAGCUUCAAAUAAAGGAAAGCAAAAAUAUAGCUGCCAUGGUUGUGAUGAUCACUUUUAUAUUGCUUUAAAUUAAAUACAAUUUUAAAU